GUUUUUUUGGGUAUAACCUAUUAUGGAUUCAGAAUUGAGAUUUCCUUCAAGAGAUGUUGUGAAUUGCUGUGAAUUUGGUUGUGAUUAUUCUCUUGGGGCAUGUUCUUCAGAUCCUUGGGCUAGGACGGUGAAAAGAAAGUUCAACGAAUUCAAAGAAGGGAACAUGAUGUUGUUACGAGGUUCUUCUGAUUCAUCUUCAAACGCUAAGAUACUAGUUGAGAAUGAAUGUGCAGCUUUACUUGAGGCUCUUUCUAGCCAAAGGAAAACAGUUAAAGAUCUCCAUUUAGAGCUUGAAGAGGAGAGAAAUGCUGCUGCAUCUGCAGCGAAUGAGACUAUGUCGAUGAUACUGAGGUUGCAGAGAGAAAAGGCUGAGAUUCAGAUGGAAGCUCGGCAAUUCAAAGUGUUUGCUGAGGAGAAAAUGACGCAUGACCAAGAAAAGCUCUCGGUUUUGGAGAAUUUGUUGUAUGAGAAAGAACAAGCUAUUGAGGCCUUGACUUAUGAGGUCGAAGCAUACAAGCAUAGAUUGUUGAGCUAUGGAGUCUCUGAAGCUGAGAUACAUGAUCAGAUACUUGGUUUUGGCAGAGACUCGAGCACGGUUGGUUUUGAUGUUUACCCGUGCGAGUAUACUUCUUUGCAAUGUAGUGUGGAUGAGAACCCGUGUGAACCAGAUGGUAAUGUUGAUAUUGAAGAAAAGGUGAUAGUUGGUCAGUCUCCAAGAUGGCCAUAUUAUGAUCCCAAUUCGCCUUUAGGAACUGCAAAAGAUAUAAAGGGGACAUCUUUCGCAGACUCUCCUAUGUCUAGUAGUAGCGACAGAGUUUAUACUAUCGACUCAAUCCAUGUGGGAGUUUCUGAAGUUAAGAUUGACGACGAGCCUAAUAAGAUGAGUAAGGGAAAGUUAAAUGGUGAUCUCUGGAACUCUCCGAGAUACCAAGAACCGUUCACGACUCAGCAAGGAGUUAACGAGCCAGAUAUAGAGAAGCUUUACACAAGGCUUCAAGCACUUGAAGCAGACAGGGAAUCAUUGAGACAGAUCAUUGUGUCGAUGCGGACAGACAAAGCUCAGUUGGUGUUGCUCAAAGAAAUCGCACAGCAUUUAACAAAGGAAACUGGCACAACAGGCAGGCGACACCCAGUUGGCAAAAUGUCAUCUUUUAAAGGAUUCUCUGUAGUAACGGUCUUCAAGUGGAUUGUGUCUUUCGUUUCGUGGAAAAGGAAAGCCAGGCAAAACAAGUAUGUUUAUGAAUUGUCAGCAAAUAAUAUGGGGAUGCUUAUGAUUCUAGGCGAGGGAUCUGGAACUAGGAGAUGGAGAUGUUUAACGAGUUCACAUGUCUAGAUUUCCAUUUUUUUAUGAAGUUUCUUUGGCGUAGUUAGUGCAACACAAAUGUACAUUGCUCUGCACUUCAAUCAAUUAUGUAUGGAUGG